CUAUGCUGGAAUAUUUGUCGUUAGAGGAAUGAAUUAGGCAGUGAGAUGAGAUUAAAUAAAUAGGGCUCGAUCUUAUAAUCGAUGAGAUUGUGAAAACACAUUUUGAAGAAUAAUAAUAAUGUCGCUGCUUUGGAGGGUAGGUGGUGUAGUGGUGUUGCUGUUGUUUAUUAUAGGAGUUGAAAGCAAUCCUCGUCGAAUUGUUGUGGAUACAGAUGUUGAUACAGAUGAUUUAUUUGCUCUGCUUUAUCUUCUCAAACUCAACCAAUCCCAAUUUCGUUUGGAGGGAGUGACGAUAAGUGCAAAUGGGUGGACAAGUGGUGGACAUGGUGUGAACCAAAUAUAUGACUUACUAUACAUGAUGGGUAGAGAUGAUAUUGAUGUUGGAGUGGGAGGAGAGGGUGGAAUACUACCAAAUGGUACCAUACUCCCAAAUGUUGGUGGUUAUCUUCCAAUUAUUGAACAGUCUAUCACAACAACAGGAGAUUGCAGAUACAGACAAGCCAUUCCUCUAGGCCUUGGAGGACGCUUAGAUAUCGAUACUAACUAUGGUUUUAGGAAAGCUUUUCUACCACAGGGAAAAAGGCAAUAUACACCAUUAGAGCAACCAACGUCACAACAAGUGUUGAUUGAAAAAGUGUCUGCAGGUCCCAUAACUCUGUUUGUGAUUGGAGCACACACAAAUGUUGCAAUUUUCCUUAUGAAUAAUCCACACUUGAAGAAAAAUGUUGAACAUAUUUAUAUAAUGGGUGGAGGUGUAAGGUCAAGCAACCCAACUGGUUGUUGUCCCAAAAAUGCUUCAUCUUCAUGUGUACCUCGACAGUGUGGUGACCGUGGUAAUAUGUUUACAGAUUAUAAUACUAAUCCUUAUGCAGAAUUCAAUAUCUUUGGAGACCCUUUUGCAGCUUACCAGGUGAUUCACUCAGGAAUUCCAAUCACUCUUGUUCCUGUUGAUGCAACAAACACAAUCCCCAUCACUAAAGAAUUCUUUGAUGCAUUUGAAAACAAUCAAGAUACAUAUGAGGCACAAUACAGUUUCAAAUCCUUGAAAAUCUCUCGUGAUACUUGGUUUGACGACCAAUUCUAUACGAGUUAUUUUAUGUGGGACUCUUUCAUGACUGGUAUAGCCAUAUCAAUUAUGAGUAGACCCAAUAACCAAAAAGGAGAAAAUGAAUUUGCUGAAAUGAAGUAUAUGAACAUAACUGUAAUAACUUCAAAUGAACCAUAUGGGAUAUCUGAUGGGUCCAAUCCAUUAAUUAAUGGCCUAAAAGUUCCUAAGUUCAAUGUGCAAAAAGAUGGGGUACAUAGUGGUCAUAUUCAACAAGGACUCAGAGAUCCUCUUUGCUUUGUGAAGAAUGGGAAAGGCAAAUGUCAGGAUGGUUACACAAAAGAGGUAAGUGGUCCAGAUUCAGUGAGGGUACUUGUUGCCACAAAAGCAAAGCCUAACCAAGAUGUUGGAAGUUCACUAGACAGGGAAUUUUUCAUAAGCUUCUUAAAUGUUCUAAAGCAACCACAACAAACAGGGAGGUACAACUUCACCACACAAUUUCCCUACUACAGAGAAGUAACAUACAAGCCAGAUUUUCAUAAUAAAAUAUUGGGAAAACCUGUUGUGUUUGACAUGGACAUGAGUGCUGGAGAUUUUCUAGCUCUACUUUACCUCCUUAAAGUUCCUGUUCAAGUAAUCGACCUUAAGGCAAUCAUUGUGAGCCCAACUGGAUGGGCAAAUGCAGCAACAAUAGACAUAAUUUAUGACAUACUUCACAUGAUGGGUCGUGAUGACAUCCCAGUUGGUCUAGGAGAUGUUUUUGCCACGAAUCAAACAGAUCCAAUAUUCGGAGCUGUUGGAAAUUGCAAAUAUGUUAAAGCCAUUCCUCAUGGGAGUGGAGGGUACCUUGAUUCUGAUACUCUUUAUGGUCUUGCUCGUAAUCUGCCACGCAGUCCAAGAAGGUAUACAGGAGAAAACUCUGUUAAGUUUGGGGCCCCACGGGAUACAGAUCACCCUGAACUUAGACAAUCACUGGCUAUGGAAGUUUGGGAGUCAGUAUUGCAAACAUUGAAACCAGGAUCUAAUGUUACGGUAUUAACAAACGGACCCUUGACUAAUUUGGCAAAGGUUGUUUCUGUGAAAAACAUAAGCUCUAGAAUUCAAGAGGUUUAUGUAGUGGGGGGGAAUGCAGCAGACAAAAUAAAUGUGUUUUCAGUUCCUUCAAACCAAUAUGCAGAAUUCAACAUGUUUUUAGAUCCUUUAGCUGCCAAAACAGUGUUGGAAUCAGAAGUUGACAUCACACUCAUUCCACUGAGUACUCAACGCAGAGUGAGUGAAUUCACAACUAUUAUAGGUAGGUUGCGUGGCGCAAGAAAAACACCAGAGGGUUCGUUUUCCAAGCAUCUAUUGUCAAGGUUACACCGUUUGAAGCAAAUCCAUGACAGAUAUCACCAUAUGGACACAUUCCUGGGGGAAAUUCUAGGUGCAGUUGUCUUGACUGAUAGGUCUUCAAAUCUGAAGCCAAAGUUUGAGAUGAAGCCCAUUAAAGUCUUAGCUAGUGGCGUUGAAUCCACUGAUGGAGAAAUGGUGGUAGAUGAGAGAGAUGGAAAGUUAGUCAGAAUAUUAAGCAAUGUGGAGGCACAGGCUUAUUAUAAUUUGUAUGCAAACAAGCUUGGCGAUCACUAUCAGUCAGCUAAGGUAGGAAGCUUUAAAGAACAGAGGAGAAGGUGGAGACAUCCUCAUCAUGAUAAGCAUAGCGAAGAGAAAAGUGCUCAAAUCCAUGGUUAAGAAUGGCCACAGCCACCACAAGUCUCAGCUAUAAACUCAUUUUAUCAACAAUUUGAAUAAACAUUCUCUUUAAACAAUUAUUUUUGAAUUUGUCAACAUGAAUGAUAACAUUGUGAAUGUUUAUAAUUCUCAUGCGUAGAACUUUUGCUUUCAUCUAAUUAUUGUCUCUUUGUUUCCUGGUUUAUUUAUGUCCCUUUCCUUAAA